AUGUUGAAGCCUUUCCAAAUCAGAAAUCUUCGUGAAUCCUCAUCUGGAGAUCUCGAGGAUGUUUCACGUCGACCCUCCGGUCCUCAUGGGGUUGUGCGUGUCUCGGCCGCCGAUUACGACGAUAUUGCCUUGAACCACCCUCGAGCAAGACUCACCUACUUGGAUGAAGACGAUGGGGAUCAGAUUACAGUCGGCUCUUCUCUCGAGCUAUCUCAACGCUUAGAUGAGCCUCUGGACAUCGACACGCGGCUUGACAACGUCCAGCUUUCUCAAGACGAAAUGGUCCCCAUGCACAUAUUCGAUAUUCGUCGAUCCAACUCGGUGACCGAGUUAUGGAAACAGUUUGAGAGGGACACUGAUGCCAUCCGAUCUCAGCAGAUUAUCACCGAAGCUGCUGUUGAGACAGAAGCUGCACCCGAUGAACAUGAGCAUAAAGAAGAACCAACUUCACAUGAUGGUACUACUACGUCUGCCCCUGAGACUGAAAACCAACCGUUUAUGGCAGCAUUUGAAGCCGAGUUGGCCAGUCUCCUCAAUUCUGCCGAGAAUCCUGGUCAAAGGGCUACGCAACCAGAAGCAUCAACUGCAGCCGAACCCUCAUCAUCGGGCACUAGCUCACAGAGAGCACAUCAUCCAUUGGAAGUUGUUGCGGCCACAUUCCUGUACCAUUUGGUCAAUGGUGCCAACUCAGUACAGUCUGAAUUGAGAAGUAGGCUGCCAGAGUUGCAAGAGCAGCUCCGAAAUGCUCAGAGAACAGUCCCAGAGAACGUACGAACGUCGCUUCAGAGCCUGCUCGCCACGAUCGAAGCUCACAUGCGGACUGCCUUCCAGAACUUGCCUGAUAACGGAAGGCAAUUUGCGGAAGAUGCCAUCAAUGCCGGGCGUCCCGUUGCUGAGCAUGCUGCGGACGGUUUCCGGAUGAUGGCCUCGGAGCUCAAUGAGGCCAGUCGAACGUUGUUUGCGGCCUUUGAGAAUGAGUUUGGUCGUUUUGCCUCGAAUGGCUCAAAUGCUACUUCCGAAGGACCACACGCAGCGCCCGGUCCAUUCCCUAGUGCUACCGCUGAUGUGACUGUACCAGACCUGGCGGCUCGGGACACAAAUCCCAAUCCCACAGAUUCAGGUGCCGAAAAGGAAGCAGCAAGCCCCGAUGUCAACCCACAUACUUUGCCGUCCGACUUCAAGAAGAAGAAGGACAUGGGAAUCACUUUUAUCCUCCAGGCCCUCCUCAUCACCCCCCUCCAUUCCCCCCCUCGACCCCCUCAUCAUCCUGUUCCGCCUAUGCCUCCAAGACAUUGGCCUCCUCCUCCUCCUCCUCCUCCCAACCAUCCUCCCUGGCAGAUGCCGUGGGAUCCUGUUCAUCCUAUUCGGCACCACCCACCACCCCCUCUGCCUCAGCCUCCGCUCGCCUCGGGCAUAUUUCCAGCUCCACCAUGGCUUCCUCCAAAUAGCUGGUUCUCUCCCGUCGGUCCUCAUAGCGCACCGCCUGCACCUCCUCCAAAGGAGACCCCCCGAGGUUCAACUGAGCCAUCAGAGAUUCCCGAAAAGAAGGUUUUGUUCAUCGGCAAUGUUGGUUUCAACGUGACCGAAAGGAUGAUCCAGGAUGUCUUUGCUUCGAAGGGAUUCAUUGUUUCCGUGCGGCUUCCUCAAGACUCGGAUACUGGUCAACAUGCUGGCUUCGGCUACAUCGAUUUCCCCUCCAUUCACCCCGCUAUGGCGGCAAUGGAUGCUUUGCAGGGUGUACACAUUGAUGGACACGCAAUCAAUCUCGAGUUCACUGAUGAUGCCGUCAUCGACUCUGUGCACCCACCACAGCGACCUAGUUAUACCGAGCCGAGGACUCUUUACGAGGCUUUCGCCCGCCAAAACCAUCUCGAGUCUGGAGACUCCGGUGUCUCGGCUCACCAGCGAGCGCGCCCUCGUCGAGUUAGCCGCAGAAAAUCCGUGACGUUCCAGGAACCUGAUAUGUCUUCCCUGGAUGUUCAGAACAAAGACGUCCCAGCCCGGCUUCAAUCGCCUCCGCUGAUUGAUUCGCUGAUUGAUUUAACUACCGAUGACACUGUCAAGUCGAAUGAUGUGCAGGACCAACUACCGGAGAUGAGUCGGUUCCCGCCUGUGUCCCAGCUAGAAGCUCAGCUUUUUGCCAAUCAACAACAGAGCCGUGCACUUGAGGCCACCGCUGAUGCGACAGCUCACCGGGCGGCGAAUGAAUCAACUCCGUCCCGUGACUAUGAUCGGCCAAAGAGCUAUCACGAGGCUGUGCCUGUACACGAGGCUCACGGGGAAGAACCAUCUCCCUUGGGUGGCGGCGGCCGUCGAAAGAAGUCCGGACUUAGGGGCCCAGGUCUCCGUCGGUCAAAUACCAUGACAUUUGCGCGCCGAGGAGGAGAAUUGUCUGAUUUCCCAAAUUCAGAUAUUCAGGGCAACCUCUCCGAUAGGAACUCAUUGAGGCGACGUGCUAGUGAACGCCAUUCCUUGCGACGUGAUAUCCACGAUCCUAGCGAGAUGGACACCUGGGCACGAUUGGACAGAAGGGAGCGCCGCCGCUCCAGACCCUCGUCUUAUCAGAGCAUUCCUGGCAGCUUCCCUAUGGAAGAGGUAUCACAGCCUGCGGCAUCUGCCCCAAUCGACAUCAGCGCCGAAACUCGGGAGACUGACAUUGACAAGUGCGUGUCCUCUCUUGUCGACAUGGGCUAUGGAAGCCCUGAAGAUGGCGGCCAGUCUCGAAUGGCAGUCUAUGCUGCAGCUUCCAAUGGUAAUCUCUUUGACGCGAUCGAAAUGAUUGAAGAGGAAAGAAAGGCGUAUGCCCGCCAGGGCCGGGAAUGA